AAGUUUAAAAUCAGUUAAAAAAGUUUUAUUAGAAAAAGCAAUAACUAAUCAGCAAGCUGCCUUCUUAUUAACAGAUAUUGAUCAAGAAUUUGAAAUUAUAACAAUGUUUUUAGCUGACUAUUUUUUUAUUAUAAAAAAUUAA